CCCAGGGAUGGGAAGGGGCUGGCCUGGUCACUUGGCCAGGCAGCAGGGAUGGGAGAGCCCAUGGCCCUGGAUCCCUUAUCUCCAGCCUCAGGGCUCUUCCCUCCAUGGCCCCUCCUAACAGCUCCUCUGUCCCCACCCAGCCUCCCUGUGGGUCUCCCCAGAGUUAACAGUCGCCUGGCUUCACCCUUGGCCGGCAGCUCCAGCCCAAAGAGGCUGUGCCCACAUUCCCUGGCUGCUCUCCAGACCACAGGCACUGAGACAACAAAGUCCAGUGACUGUGAGGGCUGAGCAGAGGCUGCGGAAGGGGAGGAAGCAGUAGGGAGCCGCCGAGUGGAGGGGACUGUCCAGCUCCCAGAUGCUGGGCCUCCUGGGGAGCACGACCCUCGUGAGCUUGAUCACGAGUGCUGCUGUGGCAGUGCUGCUGCUGCUGCUGCUGCUGGCCACCUGCCUGAACCACGGACCGCGGGACCACGAUAUGGAGAGGAAUCUGGCUGCAAGGAGAAACCGAGUCCGGUGGGCCCAGCCUUGGGUCUUCCCAGCCCGGGGCCACCCGAGACACUUUCACCAUCCCCAUCAUCCUGGCCAUGGGCCUCCCUUGCACCACGUGGGCCUCCACCAUCAGGUCCACCACCACGCCCACCGGGACCACCACUGAUGCCUGUGAAGGACAGUCACGGCCUGCACUGCCAUCACCAGGACAAGUGGACACAGAUGUUCCUGUGGCGAACUCCGGGCACCAUCCCCCGGGUCCUGCUGGGGCUUCCUUUGCAGGCUGUGCCCCAGUGUCUGCAGAGGCAGAGGACUGAGGAGCACCGGGGUCGGGGUGGGGCGAGAGCGGGCGUCGUCCUUUGGGGAUGGACACCACCUUGUGACUGUGACUCCCAGCAGGCCCCAGUAUUGGUGGCCUGUUCAUCACCCCCAUGUGCCGCGCACAGAAGACCUACCAUGAAGUGGACUUCUGCCUUCCUCAGGCCUCUGGCCGGGGCAGCGGGGAGGGGCCCCGGCAACGCCCUUCGUUUGGAGAAGGCAGUGUGAGGCUGCACCGUCAGUUUACUGGUGCCUUAACACAAGACAAUAAA